CAUUGAUGGACACAACCUUUGUCGAAGAGCGUUUCUAAAAUGGCGACCUGCGCUGAUGAAAACUGUCACGACGACCCAAACUUUGCGGUGAUCUGUUCGUUUAUAUUGAAUUUCGGCGAAUUAUGUGGCUUAAAUAUCUCCAUCUCCGAGCUGCAGUCUAUGCUGGAGGAUACCAAAAACGUGGACCAGACCCUGAUAGACCUGCAUGUUCACCUCCUGAGGAAAGCAAACCGGAGAGUGCAGCGAGACCGUUGGGAGAAAGCACUCAUCAAGUUCUGCCACCAAGGGUCCAAUGUCGAUGGCUGGGAGCUGGAGCGCUUUGGCUACCGCAAGGCCAAGCUGUCGGUGAAACUGGCCGUGCUCAAGCGAUUGCUUGAGUUGCAGUUUGACGCCAACAGCAAGUUCAAGGCGGAGCUCAACAAGCAGGAAGCGGACGUAUUGCGGCUGCAGCCCAUCGGGCGCGAUGUACGCGGUCACCUCUACUGGCUGCACCGCGACCCACAACUGAACCUGCGUCUUUACCGUGAACACCCCGAUGAUGAACGCUCUUGGAUACUCAUCUCCCGGACACGCGAUGAAUUGGCCAAGCUCAUUGCCGACCUCGAGGGCAGCUUCUCGGUGGUUAAGAAGGAGGAGAGCUCCUCCAUGGACAGCGAGACGGGUGAGAGCAACCUCACCGAGCCAGACGGUGCCAAGACAGAGGAAAAACCAGGCUCCGGGCUACCAGGUGACGAAAAACCUGCAGUGACAGACACGGGGCAGCCGCCGUCAAUAAAAAAUGAAGAGCCUCACCACGAAGAAACUCUUUCUAUAACCCUCUCUGCAUCUGGUACCACAGACAAGACAACCUUCCCCAGGUUCGUCAUCAAAAAAGAGCCGCUAGAAAACAUCACCUUAGAAGAGACUUCAAAGUUGGAUAAGCAUGAAUCGCCGUCAGAGGCGGAAGUUGUCCACGUGAACAACGAGAACGCCGAAGCAAGUGAAAAUGAUCUCUCCAAGCGCCCUCCAGGAGAAAGCCACGAGGAAUUGAAGAAGUCCACUCCACCUAGUGAGGACAGUGCAAAAGACAAGAGAGGUGACGGUGGCGGCAAAAGCAAAAAACCAUCCGUAGCCGAGCAAAACAAUGCAGAGGACUUGUGCACACGGGCCUCAGCUGAAGACGGUGAAACCAAGCCGCCCACCAGGCCAUCGUCGCCACCACCACAAAACCAAGCACACAGUUCUGGGAGUCGAACUGCGCCUCCACCGACCUACAAGCCAGCCGCCACUCACGGGUUUGGAAAUGCCAACGGUAAUGGCACGACAAUGGUGUCAGAAUCCCUUCCAUGUGACCUCUCAGUUGUCCACCGGGAGGAGUCGAACUCUUCCACAGGAGACCCACCCACAUCCUCAGAAGUGCUCCUAGCCGCAGAAGUCAGGCGGGUCGUCGACGUUGGUGCUGAGGACUUGCGAACCGGUGAUAAACCGGAGGAAGUGCAUGUAUCCGAGAAGAACGGCCAGCCGGAGUCGCCGAGCAGCAUUCCAUAUGCGCACGAGGGAACUCGCCACACGCCAGUGGUGUCUUCAACGACAACGAACAUACGGCGGGUUGGUGCCAUAGAGCAGCCGCUGGCACUCGACCUCACCAGGGUCCCGCCAGAAGCUUCUUCAGUAGAUGCGACGACGUCAGCUGUCUUGGCCUCCCAGGAUUUUUGCACAUCUGGCGACCUGCCGGGAGUUAGCAAAGAAGACAAACCUGCGUCCGCCCACGGGGCUUCCUCAAAGCCAUCUUCGUCACUUGGAGACAAGGCAUCGGCUUUGCUACCCACUUCCAGCCCUUCUGCGAGCACGGGGGGUGUGGAAACUUCUGUGCUUGGAUCCGAUAAUGUCACAUGUGCAACUGAUGCCAAAGCUGUGGUGCUUCCCAUGUCCUCUGGUGUUGGUGAAGGGAGUUUGCAGCCUCUUGCUGAUGCAGUGACUCCAAGGACGCAUGGAAGUGCGGCAAUGUGUUCUAGCGGAGGUUCGGUGCCAUCAAGUAACCAGCCUGAAUCUGCUAAGCCAACCAGGACAGGACAAAAUAGGGAAAAGAAAGACCUUGCCAGCAUGGUAAAAAAACUAGCCAGUGGCGCAAAGUCUACUGAUGCGAAUUCCAAGAAGCUCGAUAGCAAACAUCCAUCUCCAGGGAGCAAAGGCUACUUGGGGGCAGACCACUCAGAACAUGGCUCAGUGGAGACACCCAGCACUAAGGUAACCGAUGCAGUGGCUACUCCUGAAUCAAAAUCAUCGGCAGCUGCCCAACAUGUAGAGGAAGGUGCUAAGCUUUCGGCUGCAUCUGCUAGUGGAGAUGUUCGAGAGAAGGGAAGUACCAUCAUUACAGCAUUGGCUGCAGAAGCUGAAAGUGAGGGGAAGGAUGUUGCUAGUGAGAAAAUCACUGCUGGCAGCUCACCAUCGAAAGACACUGACGCAUCAGUCAAGACAGUGGAGGAAAAGACUAGUGCAGCCCAUGAAAAAGGGGCAGGAGAGGUCACUAAUUCCCCAAGCACAGUUCUCUCAAAACCAGCCGAGCCACAGGCGGACGCAAAUGCUCAAAGAAACUCUGAAACUUCGCCAACAAGCUCGACUGCAAAGCCAUCGAAACCUCACCUACCUGAUGCAUGCAAGGAAAGCACAGUGGCUGUUGAUAAAACCUCAAGAAAAAGCAAAAAGCAACGGCAUAUUGAAAGAGUUAAAGAUCAAUCUCCAGACUCUCAACUGAUAGAUUCACCUACCAAUAAAGCGGCAUCGUCACCUUCAGAUGUACCAAGCAAAUGUGCCUUGGAAACGUUAAAGCCUGACGCUAAGAGGGUCCAUUGUGAACUGGAAGAGAAAAGUCAGACAAAGAAUGCAGCAGAGGAACUGCUCGUGGUUGAUCCCACCAGUGAAAAAGUAGAGACAGAAUCAGAAAAGAGCGUGUGCAAAAACUCUCCACGCAGUGAACAAGCUGUCGACGUGCAGUUGCCUACUUCUGAUCAAGGAGCCAGUGUAGGAGACAACAAGAGCACAGUGGAUUCAUCGAAGGUUGUGGCACCAGAGCUCAAAGCAGUUGGCAAAACUUUCGACUGCAAUAAAUCUGACCACGUAGAUGUCGGUGCAAGCAAGGUGACCUCGGAAUCUCCUCCGAGUGCGAGUGUUUCAUCUGGUGAGGAGGGUGGGAAGCAGAAAAGCAGUGUUACUACAGAUACAGGCAAUGAUAUGCCUAACUCAAGAAGUGCUAACAAAGAGCACUGUGAGGACACCUCAAAGAUAAGUACUUCUGUAAGUGCUGCGAAAGGCAAAGCUAGUGUGGAGAGCAGUAAGGUGUCUUCUCCCAGCACCCAGACUGAGGAUUCUGAGGAACAAAAAAGAAAGCAAGGAGACGUGGGUGCCAGUAAAGCUGAAUCCAAACCCACUCCUGAAGACCAACCCACAGUUAGGACACUGGGUGAAAGCAAUGUACAGACCAAAAGUACAGCUGAUGGUGAGGCUGCACAAGAACCUCAGACUGAAAAAGUAUGCAACAAAGAAGCCACAGUGCAGGAGAAGGCUAUGCAAGCAGAACAACACAAAGAAGAUCCUCAGGUGAAACACGUUGGUAGUGGUGACACGGUGACGCCAGAAGGAAAGAUCGGCGGUGAUGCCACUUUGGUAAAAAAGAGAAGAGGCAGGACACUGUCAUCGUGUGUUGCAGAUUUAAAGAAAGGCAAAAGGCAGAGAAGAGGGCAACAGGACAGUGAUGGUCGCAGUGACAGGGAGGCAGCAGGUGAAUUGAAGAGUGACGCUCCAUCACCAUCUGUGUGUGAUACUGUGAAGGCUGGUUCACCUGAGGCACCUUCUGGGAAGACAUCCAUGGAAUCUAGCAAGGAGCAGCUUGUGUCUAGUAAGUGUACAAAGGCAAAAGAAAGCGAAAGUGAUAUUCCAGCUUUAAGCAGUGACGCUGUGGAGGGUGAUAAAGAGAAGGCAAUGGACACUAUUGUGGAUGCCACACCCAAUGCUGAGAGCAGCACCAAGCAGCCUAGUGAAACCGAAGGCGCUCGGGACUGCGGUGUCGAAAUUGGUCACAAAGAUGCAGACGGCACUGACAAACAGGUGGUGGCAGAGGCAAAGAAUGAACCCAAGAGUAGAUUGAAGGGCGAACAGGGCUCCAGGGCCUCAACAAGACUCAGAGCAGAUGCCACAGCGAGGAGGGACAAGGCAAAGACACCCAGCGACGAGAGCAUCACUCAUUCCGCAGCUGCCGAGCACAGUGAGGGAGCCAAGGAUGGAGCUGUCAUGGACGAUCCUCCGCUUCCUACCAUGAACAAGACGGAGCCAACAUCAGUAGUACGCGAAGGUUCCACAGCAACACCCCGUGAUGAGGAAGCAGUUGAUGCUUUAGAGGCGCCCGCUGAGCUUUUGCAGGACACUCCAUUGGGAGCUAGAAAGCGAGGCGGCUUCCGAGGCCGCGGAGGUCGCGGGAGAGGUCGGGGUAGGGGUCGUGCUGGCCGCUGGAGCCACACGAAGCGGCGCGUUCGGCCGCUGGAAGGGCCCUCGCCCAAGAAACCCCGUGAGGAAGAAGACAAAGAUGCCGGUAUCAACGGCGACGCUGCGACACCCGCGGAAGGUGAACCCGCCCCUGCAGCUGCCUCUACCCUUAGGGGCAGUGGCAGGGGCAGGUCGCGGGGAGGUCGGGGCAGGGGCCGCGGCGCUUCAAGGGGUAGGGGUCGCGGCCUGGCCAGAGAGCUGGGUGCUGCUGCAGCCUGCCUCCUGGGAGCACCGGAAGGCGAGCCGCCAGAUGAGGACAGCCAGGGCCGCCGUCGGAGUUCGCGUAUCCAGCGGGAGCAGGAAAAGCGGCUGUCAGAGCUGGCUCAGCAGAUGGCUCUGGAACAGCAGCUGGAGGAGACCAUUUUGCAGGAAGAGGCUGCCGCCAAGGGGAAGACAGCGGUGGUCACCAAGAGCCCCAAGAAGCGGAGUCGUCAAGCUGACAAGGAUUAUGUUCCUCCAGAGAAGAACAAACGGAGGUCGAAGAAGGCCGAGGGCCACCAGGGCACCCAGGGCUCAGCCAAGCGCGGUGGCAAGUGCCGCGGGGGGGAGGAGCAGGAGGAAGAAGACGAGGCCAAGGGCCGCAAGGCGAUGAAGAAAAGGAAGAAAAAGAAGCGGCGCCGUGGCGGAAAGCAUGGUGGUGGCGGCUCCGGGGUGAAUGGCACGUACCGGCGCCGGGCGCACCACAACCCCUGGGAGGCUUCGUCGGACUCGGACUCGUCCUCACAGCUCGAGGAUGAGGAGGAGCCCUACGAGGAAGAGGCCUACGAGGAAGACGAGGAACUGCACUUUGACGACAACGAGGACGAGUUUGCCUGCGAAGAGGUGGACCCCAACGCAGAGGUGGUGGUAGUCAAGAGGGCGCGCACUGUCAAAAAAGCACGCACGGAAGAGGAGAAGGAGGCCAGUGGCAGCAGUGGAGGAGAGGAGAGCGAGCAGGAGCAGGAUGAGAAGCCCUGUGCCAAGUGCGGCAAGGGGGACCACCCAGAAUGGAUCCUGCUGUGUGACGUAUGUGACGCGGGCUACCACACCUCCUGCCUGAAGCCUGCACUGAUGAUCAUCCCGGACGGCGACUGGUACUGUCCACCCUGUGAUCAUAAGAAGCUGUGCGAGAAGCUGAUGGAGGAGCUCAAACUGUACGACCAACUCUCCAAAAAGAGGGACCGGGAAGAGCUCAGAAAGCAGAGGCUGGCUUAUGUGGGGAUCAGCUUGGACAAUGUGCUGAAACCGGAGAAAAAGGAGGAAGAGGAGUCUGCAGUUGAGGAGGAAGAGGAGGAGGAAGAAGAGGAGGAGGAAGACAGCCGGAAGCACCUGCUGUUGACCAAGCGGUCAUCACGCAAGCGCAAAACCAUCAGCUAUCAGUUCAAGGAGUACGACGAGCUGAUAUUGCAGGCCGUGCAGCCGGACCUUGUGGCCGUGGAAGAGUGUGCCAAGCCGCCACGUGUUCCAGGGGUGAGCCGGGGCAAGGACAUGUCCAACCUUCUGGGCCCGGACGACGAGGAAGAAGAGGAAGAGGGCAAGGAUGAGGACGGAGACGACGAAGACUACGAGGACGGGGAACGGCACGCAGCCACGGGGGGCAAGAAACGGAAGCGAGGCCGCAAGCUCACCAGCCUCGAUUUCACGUCUGAAGAGGAGGGAGACGACGAAACUGACGAGUACCAGGGCUCCAGUGCAAGCCAGUCGGAGGCGAGUGCAUCGACCGUGAUGAGCGACGGCCCUCCGUCGUCAGGUUCAGACUGGCAAGCCGGCUCGAGGCGUCGACGUCGUGUAGGGGGCGCACCUGCUCGCAAGAAGGGCAAGACUACCCGCUCUGGCUACCGCCGAGAUGACUUCGUAAUGGACGAUGACUACGAGUCGGACAGUGAUGGUGGCUACGGUGCCAGACGUGCAGCUACCAAGCAAGUCAACUACCGGGAGCUAUCGUCCGAUGACGAAGAGGCUCCCCCCGUAAAGAAGACCAGUUCCAGGCGACGCCAGGCCAGAAGCAGCUCUGAGAGCGACAAGGAGUGGCGCUGUGGCAAAAAGCGGAAAGGCAAGGGCAGGCGUACCUGGCGAGCCAGCUCCACAUCCGAGGAGGAAGACGCCGAGUUCACCGUGGAAGAAAGCUCCGACGACAAUCGCAGGCGCAAGGCAGCCAAGCGUCAACCAUGUUCCUCCGAGGAGGAAGAAGAAGGCAUCAGCGAGGAAGAUGACAGCAGCGCCGAGAAGAAGAAGACGAAGAAGGCCUUAAAGUCGCAGAAAGAGACCAGCAAAUCUGAAAAGGAGAAGCCGGCACCACAGAAGUCAAAGAAGCAGCUGCAAAGCAGCUCGGAGGAUGAAGAGACUGACGAGACCGAGAGCGAGGAAGAAGACGAAAACGAGAGCAGCGACGCCCCCUCCGAUGAUGGAGAAAGGAAGUUUGCCAAGAACCGCCGCAUUAUUCGGUCAGACGACGAAAGUGACGAAGGGGAGAAGGCUAAGGAAGCAGCAGAUCCAAAGGCGACCACUGCUGGCAGCAAAGAGCCACUGCAACAAACUCCUUGCAAUGCAGAGGUAGCUGAUGUGAAAAAGCCUGCAGUAGCCUGUACAGACGCUGCUGCCACGAAACACCCUGCUCUGGAGCAUCCUGUUCCUUUACAGCCUAAUCCUCCCCAGGACAGUGCCCCUCCUGUUGACACAAGCAGCAGGCCAGUGGCGGCUAUGAGACAAGGCUCCCCCAACUUGGGCCGACACCUUCUAACAGUUCCAGAAGCCUCCCGCAGUGUUUCCUCUUCCCCAAUGCGAGUAGCCAGUGACGAUAAGGGUUUCCCAGAAGACGAAGAGGAGGAAGACUCUAACAAGGGCUUUCCACCUGAAGAGGAAGACCUGGAGGAGAAAGGGUUUCCAGAAGAACCGCUGCCACAUCCAGUCCCACCCACAGGCAGUAGCAGGGGAAUUGCACCACCACCAGGCCACUAUCCAUCGGUUCGGCCACCGUACCCUUACAUGGGUCCCAGGCCACCGUAUGGGCCACAGGACCCGUACGGCGACUGCAUUCCCAUGGAUGGCGCCUAUGGGAGGCCACUGGCACCAACUCCAGUCGACCCGUACACACGUGGAUCACCGAGUCCUCCUCAGUUCACCAGCCUCGACACUCCACUUCCUCCACACCCACCGCCGCCUCACGGUCGUGGUCGCCAUCUGACGCCUCUGGAGGGAGGCCAGUAUCGGGACCAGUACCGGCCUCCUGACACUUACCAGCCACCACCCGGUUACUACGGCGGAGGGCCUCCGCCACUCCCUCCUCCAGGCCCACACAGUCCUUACCGAUACCCGCAUCACCAUCCGCCUCCAUCGGGGUACCCACACCCACAUCCUGGUUACUACAAUCGGCCACCCGGCUAUUACGGACCACCCCCUCCUCCAGAGGAAGGCGGCUAUGGGCCGCCCCCUCCUCACCAUCCCCCGCCACCGCCACCACCCCAAGGCAGUUCCUACUCGGAAGGCCCCCCGGGCCCUGACCAACCUCAGUGGGGGGCGGGACCUCCGCCUCCCUCUGGUGCAACCCCACAGGGCCAGGAUGGCGGCUUCACCAUUACCAAUAUCCUCCGGCAGCGGAACACCGGUGAUGGAGAAGAAGACGAGCUGAAGAGCGUAACAGACAUUGUGUCGUACAUCACCCAAGAGUAGCAUGACAGAACUCAUCGUUCUCCACUGUGACAGGAGUGCACCUUUCUCUUGCGUCGCCAUGUGGUGCACGUGCAUUCAUUUUAGAUUUUUCUCACCGACUGUGAACAUUAUGGAGCAGCGGUGUCUUCUGCGUAUGGUUGGCUGGCUGGCCCUUCCCUUGUGUGUGUGUGUGUGAGUGUGUGUGUGUGUGUGCGUGUGUGGGCGGGUGGUCCAGAUGCAAAGCUGAAGUGUGGUGCGUGCACUCGUGUGGAUUGAGAGAGUCGAGGACUGCAUUUGGCAUGCACAUUUUGUGUGCCGACUCGCUGUGAACUCCCUCGCUGUCUGAGCAUUUUGGCACAUUUGCGGUAAGUGCUUCGACGAAGGUGGGGUGCCUAGAAAUGCGGUCUGUCAGCCUGCCUCGCUGUUGCCUGGCGGUUGUCUUCCCUUGAGACGUGGGCUACUCUGUAGUUGUGUGGAGAAAUCGAAGGGGGUAUUGUAAACGGUAUCGAAGGCAGGUGUUCUUGAGUCUGUGUGCUUUUUACAGGGAGUAAGAAAAGAUGACGCUGUGUGUGCCGAGCUCAACUGUUGCCGCAUGCAAGCCGUGGCAGCUGCAGUGCUUCUCAAAAUUAAUAUUGUUUUCCUGUUAGGCUGUGAGCCAUGCGAGUCUUGUUUUUCUUGGCUUUUAGUAUUGGCAAAUGGAAUAACGGGGAAUAAACGAAAAACAGUUCUUAGUGCUAGUCCCCAUGCGCAUUAUGCUCAACAAGCAUUUUCUGCAUAGUGCAAGAUAUUGCUUUUAACUUUUCAAUAAAGCUUAAAACGCGUCCUUGCUAACUGUUGCAUUCCAAGGCAUCAAGCUGCACCUACCAAGAGGUUCUUCUGAUAUCUACUGCCCACAUUGCAAAUUCAGUAGUGAACAAGCAGGUUGUGGACAACUCUGGCCAAUUCUGAAUGUACUGGUGUAGCAAUGGUUUUGUGUGUUUGUUUCCAAUCAGAGAACUCUAAAGAACCACUGGAAGAGCAUAAUGUUGUUCCACGCGUGUUUUGCGUAGGCCUCUUGUGUGCUGUGUUUCCAAGUCUGGCAAGUAGCAAGCUAGAAAUGUAUGCCAAUGCUCUUUUUUUUUUUUUUUCAAUUAUGACAUCUUACUAGCUCGCCUGUUGACGGUCCUACUGCAGAGCAGUGCUCUUUUGUAGUUCAUGUUUACAGCUACCAUUUAACUUCCGUUCUUCUAUGAAGGUGCAUGCCAUUUGUGGGAGCAAUUGAAGAGGAGACUAGCCAAAAUUGUGUUUUCAAAUGCCUGCUUGGCUUUAAAUCCAGACGUUGUGGUACCGUGUCUGUGGUGCUCUGUGGUACAGCUGCCUCUGGUCCGCGGCAGCAUGUGCAGGGGUGAGUGACCGCCGUUGCAAGUCACUGCAUCACCCAGUUUCUUUUGCAUGCUGAACUUGUGGGGUAUUUAUUGAGGCGCAGCUGAAAGUGCAUUGAUUCUACUGCAGUAUGAUCUGGUGUGAUCCUUCUGCAUUCUCGUGCAACAUGCAGUUAUGACCUUUCUGCUGCAUGAAGUUGUUUCAUACUUUGCGAGGUAGCAGUGGUGUUUAGGCACAGUGACUCACUCUCGUCACCCUACACCACUUCUGAAGAGGUAACGUAGGAACUGCCGAUUCUUUAUCAUUGGUGGUGCUUCGAUGCCUGUAGCGCUGCCCGAGUAAGGAAAGACUGGUUGACAAAAAGGCUAAGACUCGUGGCCUUGUAAGGCAGUGUGCAGAUAGCAUCCAUGGCACAGGUGAAUGUUAACCCCUGGCUGCUAUCAUUUUGGUCUAACUUUCGUGGUACACUGUGGUCGAGGCUAGCUGCAAGAAAUGCCAUACGGAGAAUGACUUUUCUGCGAAGCAUAUUUUGUAGGAAGAAGUGAUUGCUCAACUGGUUGUAUGGGAAAUCACAUGUGGGGGAACUACGUGACCUGUAGUGAGAAGGAAUUUUGCGAAAUGCAUUCAAGUAAUUUUGCAGGGAUCUGUUGUUUUAGAGGUUAAGCUUAAAAAAUAACGAGAGACUUCAUGGCUUUACCAUCACAAACAUUUAAUCUUGCUGCAUGAUGUCGAUUGCCAGCAGGUUAGAUGUUGCAACCAAUAUGUGAUGUGAAGCAGUCUGGAGAAAAAUAAAAGCACAGGUGUUUAAUAAAUCCUCUCACUCUUGCAGACAUUGUCCGGAGAGGGAGGUUCAGCAUGCAUACACCACAGCUUGUAUGUUGCUACUUAAAAAAUGUUGAGCCAUGUGUAGGUAUGAAGCCAACACGUACAUUGUCAGCUGGCAACUUUUAUUUUUACUGCUGUUUAAAGCACAAAAUAUUUUUACCAUGUUGUAGUGCAUGUUGUUGAUGCAUAUUGAGCAAAUAUUACACUUUUAAAAUUCAUUCUCCUUUCUGUUUUAUCAUGGUGACCCAGGAUUCUAGAACAAAGGAAUAGAAAAACCCAUGAAAUUGUGCUGCCAGAGUGUUAUGCUUGCAGUUGCGUUUGCAUGUGCCUCAUUUGUGCUUCUGUUGGCGUAUGCCUUCCCACAAAAAUUUUUGGAAUGCAGAACACUGAAAAAAAAAAAAACUUAGUUGCUUUAUAUUUAUAGUAGGGGUGUGCAAGUAUUCGAAUAUUAUCGAAUAUUAUAUUUUUAAUAUGCAAUUCAAAAACAAGGUAUUCGAAAAUUUUCUAAUAUUGGAUUGUGUACGAAUAUUCCAAAGCAAAUCUAAUGUAUUGCUGGCCAUGCGAGAGCAAACAUGGUUCUUAGCAUGCAUUUGUAUCUAAUCUAACAAAGUGUGUCUGAUUUGUGCUGAAUUUUGCAAUAAUUUCAUGCUGCUGGCAAAAUUUUGCCUGUAAAGCACGCUUAGCCACUUGACAUGUAAGCCUUAUAGAACAGCCAGCCUCUCAAUAGCAAGAGCCACGGCUUUGUGAACAGUGAGGGUGCACUAUUUUGCAGGUUCCAUCCCCAAUCCUGAGCCUAUUGCUUGACAGCAAAUUAGGCACAGGUUGGUGAGAACAGACAACUAGCAGAAGUUAUUCAAUUUUGCAAAGCUAACAUGAGCCAAAUACACAAUCCUUCAGUAUAACGGCUUGCUAGUUCAAUUUUUUUACCAAUGACAAUGUAAUUGCACUGUUCCAACUUGUUAAGGUAAACCAACUUGCUAAUAAAUCCAUGUGCAUAUUGUCAUUCAAUAUUCGAUGCUAAGUAUUCGUAUUGCAUUCGUGUUUGAAAAUUUUGAUAUUCGCACGCCCCUAAUUUAUAGCAUUGAUAAUGCGGCAGAAGUUACUGCAUAGACAAGUCAGCGGUAAUUUGGGUUGCCUACUCGGUCAGUAAGAGAAAAGGAACGGAACGUUAAACAGACGACAAUCGCAGCACACGUGUUUGUCAUCUCCAUGUUUUGUAAGUCACAGAGAGGCCCGGAUACUGCAUCUUGGUGUAUGCUUAAGUGGGGAAAGAGUUCAGCAUUUUUAAAAGCAACCGCCACAUUCCAAAAAACUUUGUGGCCAGGCAUGCUGUGCCGUUUUAAGAAAUGCCUGCAUAUUUUGUACAUACCAUCUUAAGUUAUGCCUACAUAUAUCUUUUUUUAUUGGAUGCAAUAUGUUGCUGUUUGUGUGUCUGGUCCAUGUCGCAGGUUGCUGGUGCUGCCGCAGUGGUUAAUGAUUUCUCGCUUACAAUUUUUUUGACAGCAGUUUCAUCGCAAGUCCUUCUGCAUGUCACUGCAGCACCAGCAGCAGCCUGUGGAGUGCACGGCAGUGAGAAACAGUUUAUUGAGUGUUGCAGGGCUUUGGGUAACUCGUGCACAGGGACACGAGUUGGGUAUGCGUGUCUUGCUGAUACUGCAUAAUGUACCAAUUCAGCAGGUUACAAAACGAAUUCUGCCAAGCGCGAUGAAUUCUCUUUGCACUCCUUGUGUUGCUGACCUGCUGAAUUUGGUGCAAUUGCAGAGCUUUCUCUUAGGCUUGUGUGAAUAUCUGAUAAUUUGAAAUAAUUGGUCAUAUAUUGUGCUAUUCGAUAUUGGCUUCGAUUUUGAUUUCAGUAUUUAAAAUUUUCUAUGUAUUCGAAACGAAUUAAUAGGUGGUGUCCGAAUUAAUGCCCAAGUGCCAGUCGCCCUGUGGAUAACAAAUGCAGAUUUCAAAGGCUGUGCAUUUGCUGGUUGCAUGCCGCAAAAGUGAUUGUGGCAGCCGGAAACACGUUAAAGAGUUAUGUACACCACUUAUAUGAAGUUUAAUGUAUGGUCAAUCAGCCUUUCUGCAAAUUGCAUUGGCAUUAACAUGGCUUAUGGCCAAGACAAGCCAAAGACAAAGAAUUCGUUUACAGUCGCUGACCGAUUUUUUUAACCUGCUAGGUUAUUCAAGCAUGCUUGCGGCUCUGCCACCUCCUCUGUUGGACUAAUGUACAGCAGUGAGUGAGUGUGGCUGAAGUUUAACACGCUGCACAUAAAUUUUUGGAACACGAUUCGCACACGCCAUGAUGUUGGAAAAAUUGUCUGUGAAAAAUGUUGCAGCCAUCAAGGUUAUGCUCUUGCUUUCGUCGUUGAGGUGUUUUCUCAGCUUUCUGAGAGUCACACAGCUGCUGCAAAUAGGUCUGAGCUGACUUGAUACCAAACCAUAACUUUGGUUCCUGAUGACCAGCGAAGCAGUACUGGUUAGGCCUAACAACUGAGACAGUGCAGUCGUUUAAAAAAUAACCUGUUGCCCUGCUUGUUGGCAAGCGGCAAAUUGUUGCAAGAAGUUUACCUACCGCUCAUUGGGUGGCUGGUUGUUGAUCGGGCCAAACUCACAUGUAGUCAAACAGCAACAAGCUGAAUUUGCACAACACUGCCUAAACUGCCAGUGGCAAACGAACAUGAACCUCUCCUGCCGCCUUAACAGUCUUCAAAUUUCAAAUAGGCUGAACACUGAGCAAAAGUUCCUAAACGAAUUCUCUGUACUGCUGGCAUUGCAUUUCUCAAUCCUUGCAUAAAAAUAUCCGAAUAACAGCACUACAAAAGAUUGAUCCCAGAGAUAUCAUCCUUACAAAUACCUCAUUUAUAUAUAUAUAUAUAUAUAUAUCGACCCUUCUCGCAGCAAUCCUGUGGGCACUGCCAUGUUUGAUCACAUGGUGGCACGUCCAUUGCUUGCCUCAACUGCCUCCGUGUUUACAAUGGGUGUGUAUGACGCCGGUGCGGCUUAGCAAACCUUCGCUUUGGGAGAUAUCGUAGAAGGUGACUGGGUGGAUGACAUGAAACUUUGGCUGCAGCUUCAGAGAACAUGCGAAAGUGCUUUAGAAGCUGAUUAAGCUAUGACCAAACGACGCGAGCAGCGUAUAUGGGGCUUGUUUUAAAAGCGAGGCUAAACAUUUAUUCCAAGCUAUUCAAACUUUCUGAUCAUCAAUUGAACAAGGAUUAGUGUGUUUUGCUCUUCAUUCAUUAUAUGGCAAAUAUUUUCAAGCAUCAGCUUGUCACAUUUCUGACUCAGUAGAUUUCCUCGAUGCGUUCACUGUCUCAUUAUUUUCUGGCCAAUCACUCACAGGUGCGCUCAGAUCUGAUAUAUUUGUUUUUGCUGUGAGCAAGACUUGAAAUGUAGCUGUUUUGUACAUAGUUAUACGUUGUAGCAAAGAUAUAUUAUCGCUAGUAGCUUACUUACUCUUGUGGACCAUCAAAAAACAUUCAUCUUUGAUGAUUCGUGCGCUAUUGGUGUAGUCCAUCAUUUAUUGUGUAUAGCUGGUGCGCAUAUGUUCAAGUGUGUGCCCAUUCACUUAUCGGCACGUUGACGAUAGAGUGGGCGUAAGUUUCAUUGCCAGUUGGGGUAGAUGUGUGUCAAUACUGCGCAUGACAGUUACUAUCACAGGAAGUCACACUACUCCCCUUGUCAUUGUUUAAUGAGCGGUACUCACUGUUGCCAACGUUCUGGGACUGAAGCACUUUCUUCGAAGGUUAGUGAUACAACACUAGCAAAUGAGCAAAUUUCUGUACCUCAAGAAAAGCCGUAUGUUUCGGAAGAGCCAGUUACAUGUGCAAAUAGACGCAGUAGCGAUCUUCAAAUUUGACCACACAGGUUCAUUCCAUUCCUUAAUAUGCCAGUCACUAUUUUUGCAGCCAACUACUGCACACAUCUUCAAUCCACAUGGUUCAAUCCAAUAUGAUUAGAGCAGAGUACGUUAGCAAAAACUCAUUUGCAUUUCUGACAGCUGAUCGCACAGAGGCAACGUGAAAGCAGUAAUGGUUUGAGAUUUGUGUGCUGUCGUUGAGACCACAUGCAGUGUGCCACUGGAAGCGCCAUCUCAUUUCUACAGAACUGCUCUGCGAAAAGGGUCAAUAUAUGUAUAUAUAUAUGUUUGUCAACUUAUGGCUCUUGUAUAAGGGUAUUACGCGAAUUGCACAACUGUUCAAACUGGUCACUUCAAAAUUAUUGCUAUUUGCUUCAAUUUCACUUUGAACCCAAAAAUUUAUAUUCACACAAGCCUACUUUCCUUUUUUUGUUUUGUUUUUCCAAAAAGCAGGCUGCAUUUUAUUUUUUUCUUCACUUCUGUGACUAUCUGUCUGCAUUUCUUAAUCUUGGUGGACACCUGGCAGCAAGAGUGACAAACAUGCAGCAGAGUGGGUUUGGCUGGGAAGGGCAACAAAUACAUCUCAUUUACGUCUUCAAAAUUUGGUGUCUCGCAUGUGAUGGCUGUGCUGCCACCAUGGGCAUGUGUGACCCCAACACUGUACAGUCAUUUCAUCUCUCCAUCAACGGGAAAGCUUGGUCACGGUUUCCUUGGCGGGCCUUGUUGCUCGCUGCUGUAAGAAAGUUUUUUUGUACAUAGAUGUUUUGUCCAAACCGUGUAACCAAAGGCGUGUGUCAUUAAAAGAAGAACAUCUUUCUUUUUUUUUC